AUGGUGGCAGCCAACGAUCGUGAGGCUUUUGUUCCUGGUCAAGCCAGAUCAUUGACACAAGCCCCACGGCAGCACAUUCGGUCCCUUUUCCCUGUGGCGAGCCCCGAGGACGAACGAAAGAUCAUGUGCUACUUCUACCAGACCCGUUGGACGUGUGGGUAUUGGAGAUGGGGCCAGUUCAAGCAGCAGUGCAACAAGGAAUACCGGACGGGCGAGACGUGCGGGCUCAAGCUCGUAUACACCACGGUGCAGGAGGCGGACCGGUGCAAACUGUGUCAUGAUAUCGACAAGAAGAAUCGACGAAUACUCAAAAUGACGACGGACAUUGAUAGGUGGUACAGAGAAGGGAAUCGACAGGCCACGAUCGAGAGGACGCUGAUAGAACUGACGGCAGUGGAGGACCAAAAAGCGGACAUGGAACACCGACAUCAGGCGAGGGUGCUCUGCCAGGAUUUGGCGGCGUGA